CAAUAAUUUCCGCGUCAAAAUGGCUACCAAUGUGCUUUCGCUACUCUGGCUACUACCAUUUUCGUCUAACUUCACUAGGUCAGUGUGUUCAUCGCAUGGGUUCGGCAUCAACAGUCAAGCCUUAGCAAACGAGCUGGACACCAACAUUGGCAAUGAACAAAAACACAGAUGCUGGAACUGCAACAAUACAGAAGUUCCAGUAUUUUUUAAAGACUUUGUUCUGCCGCAACCGGUGAUAAUACCGAUUUAUCAGGACACGUGGCAUCUCGAUAUAACUUACGAUGUUGAGGUACUCACGAACUUGACUCGCUUAGAGGCAAGUUUCAACGUUCAGGUGAUCUCCGAUGAUGGCUAUACUGAGCUGUGCUAUGUGCUAGGGGACCGCUGCUUCGUCCAGGAUGUAUGUGAGAAGCUGUCACAGGGGGGCUUCCGCUGUCCGAUUCCAAACGCACACUAUAAAGGCACCGCAAAACCGAAACUGCCAACGUUACCGUUCAUCGUCACUGGAGAGUUUCUGGUCGCCUUGCACCUGUGGUCAGAAGGUCUACCUAUUGGCUGCCUUCAGUGUUUGCUAUGCAUUAACAGCUGCACAACUGGGUAUUGAGAUCAUCUGGAGGAGGAUGAUAUAAUAUGGAACACGCCAAUACAGCCAUUAUUCAGAAAUGAAAAAAACACACAUUAUUGUGCAUCUUACAAUACUUGUGAAUUUGGAUCAUUACCACAGUGAUAAAACAUAUGAGCCGCGCUCUGUGAAAAAGGUGUUUAAUGCAUGUGCGUAAAGUGUCGUCCCAGAUUAGCCUGUGCAGUCCAUGCAGGCUAAUCAGAGACGACACUUUCUGCCUUAAGUGGAUUUUUGCUAAAGAGACUUUUUUUUAAACGAAAAAAAAUAAUAAAAGCGGAAAGUGUCGUCCCUGAUUAGCCUGUGCGGACUUCACAGGCUAAUCUGGGACAACACUUUACGCACAUGCAUUAAACCACAUUUUCACAGAGCAUGUAUAUUUUAAUUUGUAUUGAAGAAGAGAGUAAUAAAUAUACGUGAAAUAG